GUGGCUUAUUAAUAAAAUGGAGGAUCAGAGCUAUGAAGAGAGACAGAGAGACGAGCUGGAGUUCCUUCAGUUUGUGUUCAUGAGCGACUUUGAAGACAUGAGAGAGAAGGACACGUGGAAGAUCCAAAGACCUCCUGAGAUAAUGAUAAAACUAACGCCACAGAAGAGCAUUAGUACUAGUGUACAGAGACUGCAGAUUUCUGUCAAGUUACAUGCUAAGUAUUCUUCCGAUUAUCCAGACACGCCCCCUCAAUUAGACCUUAUUGAGCCACACCUUCUCUCCAAGGACCUCGUUAAAGAAUUAUUAACUGAAAUUAAUGACCUAGCUAAGAGUAGAAUUGGAGAGGUGAUGAUGUUAGAAAUAGCUCAACACGUCCAAUCAUUUCUACACAAACACGACCGACCCCCGGUAUCACUCUAUGAGGAAAUGGUUAAGAGGAGAGAGAAAGAAGCUGAAGAAGAAAGCAAAAAGAAGUUUCAAGAACAAGAAGUUGCCAGACACCAAAGACAAGAAGAGAUUGCUCAGGAGCUGCAGCGGAGACAGGAUCAACUGAGAGAGAAACUAUUACAAGAUUUUGACGAGGAGAGCUCCAGCGAUGAUGAACUUGUUACUAAAAAUAGUAACAAACAAACCAGUCAGAAGGACAGUGAUGACAUCACUAACCCUCCCCUACCUCCCCCUCUUGAGGAUAAUCCGAUUGUUGGACGAGGGAACGGGAACAUCCUCCGUGGGAAACUGCUGGGAGACAGUAGUCAUGGUUACUAUUCAGUGUACUGUGGUAUGGAGGUUGAUAGUGGCAGUCUAGUGUGUAUCUAUGAAUGGAUAAUACCCUGCAAGACACAGAAGAAGGCUGACACUAGGAGGAGCAGACAAGUUGCUAGUAUCAGACAGGAAUAUGAUUCAUUCAGUGAGAGGUUCAUCAAUCACUCAUCAAUUGUCAAAUAUUUAUUAAUGAGACACAAUCUCACCGAACACGGGAUACUAGUGGAGGUUACUAUGGAGUACAUUACUGGUGGUAGUCUGAACUCUCUUCUUCAAGGAUCAAGUUCCUCUCCAAUAACUGGAAAAUCCCUCCAGCUUUAUAGUAAGCAGUUGCUGGAGGCUGUAGCUUAUCUUCACUCACAAGGAAUAGUUCACAAUGACAUAAGGCCGUCACUGGUUUUUAUUGAUCCUGUUCAAGGUGUCAAACUAGCUGGUCAUACCAUAAUCAAGAGGUUAUCUGAUUUGACCGGUAAAGUUAACGAGGAGGCGUGGCCUAGAGGCUUCUUCACUAAACUAGGAGGAAAGAAAACCGAUAUUUUAAAACUAGGUAUGGUUAUAUUCUGUAUGUCUGUUGGUCGGGUUACUGUCUCAUACCCGCCUGAUGUUCCUGAACAUUUCAGUGAAGACUUUAAAGAUUUUUUAAACAAGUGUCUCAAUAAUAAUGAAUACCAGCGAUACCCUGCUCAUGAGUUACUGGUUCAUCCGUUCAUUACUCCGCCCACUUUUAUCCCUGGAUCUAUAGACCAUACCCACAGGACAGAGGCUGGUUUUGGGCCGCUAAGAGAUAAAAGUGCUGACUCAUCACUAGCUGAUCCUGUCUCUCAUGCUGGAGGCAGGUCUCGUCUGGAGGCAGAGUUUGAGGUACUGGAGGUGCUGGGUAAAGGAGGCUUUGGGGACGUCAUUAAAGUUCGUAACUACCUGGACAGCAGACUGUACGCCAUUAAGAAGGUGAGACUGACUGGCGGCAGUAAAAUGAUGACCAAACUAACUCGAGAGGUGGAGCUAUUGUCACAAAUGAACCACGAGAAUAUCGUCAGGUAUUAUAAUGCCUGGAUUGAGAAGUACAGCGAGCCUAAUCACCAUGGCAACGAGGAGGAGGGGGAGGAGUUUAGUGAUAGUUCGGAAGAUGAAGACACGACAGAAGAAGAAGAGGAGGAGGAGGAGGAGAGAGAGGAAGGACUGUCCUUCAUUGAAUUCAAAUUAGACGAAUCUACAACACUAAACUCAUCAGAUCAGAUCAGAGAUGAUUCCUACUCCUUCAGUAGUGAUGUCUUCACUGAUACUGAAGACAGGGACGUGUUCAAAGGGAAGGUUGAUACCCCUGGUACUAAUGUGGCUACUCUAUUGGAGGCUGACCUAAUGGUAACCACACCCAGGAGAGGAUUCAUACAUUCGGAGUCUUCUGAUUCUGUGGUAUUUCAGGACACUAGUUUAAUGGCUCCUCCUGGAGGAGAGGGAGAGGAGGGAAGCACUGCAGCUGCUGGUGGUGGUGGUGGUGCUGGUGGUGGUAGAGCAAAGCAAAAGCAAACAGGACAAUCACAGUACCUGUACAUACAGAUGGAGUACUGCUCCAAUCAAACCCUUAAGGUAUUGAUUGAUUCCGGUCAGCUAGUGAAGAGCCCAGGGUUUGAGUUAGGCUGGCAGCUGUUUCGAGAGAUCACUGAAGGACUGGCCCACAUUCACUCCCAGGGGAUGAUCCACAGGGACCUCAAACCAGUCAAUAUAUUCCUUAACUCUUCCGGACAUUGUAAGAUUGGUGACUUUGGACUAGCUACAACCUUCAGUAAAUACCACACAGGACUAUCAAGACAGCAAUCCAUACCCAGCAACACCAGUAUACUAGCUGGUGACACUGGUCUAGUCGGUACUAUGCUGUAUUUAGCUCCAGAGCUUCUAAAGUCGGUAGUCAAAUACACUCAAAAAGUGGACAUGUAUAGUUUGGGGAUCAUCCUGUAUGAGAUGUCCCACCCACCACCUGCUACAGUGAUGGAGAGGGUUAAGAUACUGACUGAUGUUAGGAAGAAGGAGAUCGUCUUUUCUGAAAGAUUCAAGACAUCAAAGAAGAUGAGCAAACAGCUGUUUGUUGUCAAGUGGUUAUUAAACCAUAGUCCAGCUGAGAGACCAACCAGUGCCCAGUUACUGAACAGUUCACACGUACCAAGACAGAUCGAGGAGGAGCAGCUGCAAGAAGCUGUCGAACACACUCUACAGAAUCCCAACUCCUCCCAGUACAAGAGACUAAUGGAGAAACUCUUCUCUCAAGAGAAUUCAAAACUUUUUGAAAUGUCUUUCUUCUCUGAGCAUUCAAGCCUUGACCUGGAUAAGGUCAAUAAAUCAUCCUUCAGUCCUACAUAUUUCCUAUUGCAGCAGUUUGUGUGGAAUGUGACUGAAUCAGUAUUCAAUAAACACUGUGGUUUGUGUGUUAAUGUUCCUUUUCUUGAGCCAAUGACUGAGUCCUUGGUUGGAAUGGAGGGAACAGUCCAGCUGCUGGAAUCAACUGGAAAAAUAAUAACAUUACCACAGCAUCACUGGUUGUCAUUUUCUCGUUAUGUUUUGCAACACGAUAUCACUUACCUCAAAAGAUAUGAAUUAUUCAAAGGGUAUCAGUUGUCACGGCUACCGGGGACACACCCAAAGGAAAGACGUCAAUUUAUAUUUGACAUUGUGUCCCCACCCACUGCCACACCUACUGUCACGCCUACUCACUCAGCAAGAAGUAAUAAGUUAAUUUAUGAAUGCGAAUUGAUAUCCAUUGCAACAGAAAUACUAUCAGAUUUACAAAUUAAUCAAGUGUAUAUUAGAAUCAACCACACCUCACUCAUUAAUAAAAUAUUAAACUAUUGUUCAGUUCCUCAGGAGCAGCAGCUGAUUAUUAUUAAUUAUCUUUUUAAAUUAUCCAGACACGCUGACAUUGAGUGGGAUUUUAAGACUAAACUGAAUCUCCAGCUGUCCCCAUUAGCAUUGAAGACUCUCACUAAACUGCUGACUAGUCAAGUUCCUCUAGAUGAAGCUCAUUCUCUCCUGGAGCCUCUUACUAGAAACAAAUCAACAGUACAUGAUCAGUGACACCUG